CUUAUCAUACAAACACUUUUUUUGGUGCUUGUGUGGUAAGUUCUACAUAGCAAUUUUCUGCUUAAUUCCAAAGAACAAAAGAGCAAACAAGAAGCAAUCAAGUACUAAAGAUGUUUAUUUUUUCAUUAUUGUUAAAUACCAUGUACAUUUUAAAGUUUAUUUAAGAAUGUUUAAUAAAAAUAUUUAAACUUUUUUGACUAGGUGAAAACAUGUAAAAUAGCUUAUCAUGUGACAUGUGCCUUUAUGAAUGGAUUAGAAAUGAAAGCUAUUAUUGGUGAGACUGAAGAAGAUGGAAUUAAAUUAAAAUCCUUCUGUAGGAAACACAGUAAGCAGAAAGAUAUUUCUGAUACAGAAUCAGAAUCUAGUCCAAAAAAACGUAAUAGAAAAGUAAAGAAGGAAUUAACUAUGUCAAGUGGAGAAAGAAAAUCUAAUUUCAGGUAUAAAUCUGACACAUCAGAGUUUUACAAUGGAAUAAGUGUUGUUAAUAUUGCUGAAUGCCUUAAGGUUGAUAAGAUAAUUGUUGAUUUUGUUUAUCAGUAUUGGAAAUUGAAGAGAAAGGCAAAUUUCAAUAGACCCUUAUUAAUGCCCAAAAUAGAUGAAUUAAACAACAUAGGAAGAAAUGAAAAAGAUUAUGCAAAAAUGAAAAUGUUUGUUCAUUGGAGGCAAGACUUAGAAAGGGGUAAAGCAUCUAGUAGUCUAAGAAAUAUACAUAAUGAACAACUUUCCAAGUUACAGGCGAAACACCAACAGGAUGUGGAUUUUCUAGAAGAUUUCAGAAAUUUUGCAAAAAUACGUGCUGCUAUUGAAAAAGAAUAUGGACAAGCAUUAUUAAAAUUAGCAACAACUUAUUUGCAAAGAAAAGUGCCAAAUAUUAAUGAAUUGAAAGGAGAUGAAACAGAAGACCAAAGAACAGCAUAUAUUGUGUGGAAAUGUUUGCUGGAUGAAACAGAGAAAAUUGCUAAGGCAAGACUUGCAGCAGCUGAAGUUUAUCAGCAACAAGUUUCAGAAAAUGCAAAAAUACUUCGUACAAAUAAAAUGCAGCUAGCAAAGAAAUGCUUUGAUAAUAUUAAGAGAAUGCAGGAUGAAAUACAGCAAUGUAUACAAGAGCUUGAUAAAACAAAAAAGCUUUAUUUUGAAGAAGAACAUAUGGCUCAUGAAAUAAGAGAUAAAGCUCAUGAUGCUGAAGAAAAAUUAAAAAAGAAAAAAGGGAGAAUAUUUCAAUCCAUUUCCUCACUACAGAAAAAUAGUACAAAGUUUUCAUAUAGGAAAGAAGCUUGUGAAAUCCAGUCUACAAAAGCAAGAAAUGAUUACAUUUUAGCACUUGUUGCUGCAAAUGCACAUCAGUCAAAGUAUUAUAAUAAUGAUCUUCCUGAUGUAUUACAGCUUCUUGACUGUGAUAUUUAUGAGAAGAUUAAAGAAUAUAUCCAAUUAAUUAGUCGCACAGAACUCCUCACAUGUGCAGCUUGCCAAUCUUCCUUCAAUAUGGUUCAAGAUCAAGCUCAAAUGAUUACAAGGCAAUAUACGCUUGAAUGUUUUUUACAAGACAAUCCUGUUUUGGCAAAGACAAUACAAUAUGCAUUUGAACCAUGUGAUAAUGAUACGAUAGACAAAAUAUCAACUGAACAUAAUGCUGGAUUAUGUUUAAGUAAAGAAGCAAAAAAAUGGGCAAUGUGUAUAGCUAAGGAAACAAGGACACUUUGUGAUACUUGGAAAGAAAUAAAUAAAAUACAAGCUCAAUUAAUAAAUGGAGAUAAGAUAGACAAAAUAUCAACUGAACAUAAUGCUGGAUUAUGUUUAAGUAAAGAAGCAAAAAAAUGGGCAAUGUGUAUAGCUAAGGAAACAAGGACACUUUGUGAUACUUGGAAAGAAAUAAAUAAAAUACAAGCUCAAUUAAUAAAUGGAGAUAAGACAAGUAAACUAAAAGCAGAAGCAAGAAUUGAAGCGUUACGUGAAGGUGAAGUAAAUGUAGAUGAAUGGAUGCGAACAGAUGUUGAGGCUCUUUCUCUUUAUGAGACAGGUGACAAUUUGAGUCGAACAGGUACAAUUUCUUCGCGUGGAAGCAGAAAAAGUUCACAAUAUGAGCAAAAUGUCGAUGAUGCUGCAAGUGAAGCAAAUGAUUCAUUCUAUAAUAGUGAUUUUACGGACGGUGGUGGUACAACAGAAACAUCAACUAGUGCAGCUGGGGAUACAUCAGCAACUACAAUAGUUGAAGGUUCUACAGUGGAGACAACACCAGCAGCAUGGGAUGAUGCUCCUCCAUCUGCUAAAUGGGAUGAUGUUCCACCAUCUGCUAAAUGGGAUGAUGUUCCACCAUCUGCUGGAUGGGAUGAUGUUCCUCCAUCUGCUGGAUGGGAUGAUGUUCCUCCAUCUGAAACAACAGAUGAAGCAGAGUAUCCAGAAACAGAAAUGCCUGUAGAAAAUGAAGUGCAAUCAAGUUCUAUGCUAAUACGAUGUGUUGCAUUAUUUAAUUAUCAGGCUGCUAAUGAAGAUGAACUUAGUUUUGUUGAACAAGAAGAAUUAGAAAUUGUUGCUGAAGGAGAUGGAGAUGGCUGGAUCAAAGCAAGAAAUUAUAUUGGAAAAGAAGGUUUUAUUCCUCAGAACUAUGUUGAAAUUAUAGAUGGACAGCAAUUAAUAUCAUCCAUUCAACCUGCUCCUGCUUCUUUUUCUUCGGUAGACUACUACAUACCUGAAGGUGAAGCUGAGGUUCCACCUCCUGCUUCUGAAAAAACAGAGGAAACUGUGGAGUCAGCACCUCCUCAGGUAGAGGUUGUAGCAGCAUCCGAGGCAUUGGAAGAAAAGAAAGAUUCAUAUUGUCAAGCAUUAUAUGAUUAUAUUGCAACUUGCGAUGAAGAACUUUCAUUUUGUGAGGGGCAAAUGAUUAAAAUCAUAAAUAAAAUGGUUCAUGACAUAGAUGAUGGUUGGUGGGAAGGUGAAAUUGAUGGAAAAAUUGGAUUGUUUCCAUCUCUAGUAGUUGAAGAAGUUAGAAGUGAAGAAGGAUCAAUUACAUCUCAGAAAGAUUCAUAUUGUCAAGCAUUAUAUGAUUAUAUUGCAACUUGCGAUGAAGAACUUUCAUUUUGUGAGGGGCAAAUGAUUAAAAUCAUAAAUAAAAUGGUUCAUGACAUAGAUGAUGGUUGGUGGGAAGGUGAAAUUGAUGGAAAAAUUGGAUUGUUUCCAUCUCUAGUAGUUGAAGAAGUUAGAAGUGAAGAAGGAUCAAUUACAUCUCAGGAAGCAUCAACACCUGUUGAUAGUGCACCCCCUCCAGCUUAUACACCUCCUAAACCACAGUUUUUAACAAUGCCUGCACAAGUCAUUCUCACUCAACCUACACCUGAAAUUGAAGAACAGAAGCCAGGAGGAAUAACAUCACAAACUGUAUCUGUUUUAUAUCACGAUCCAGAUUUCCAAUUAGAAUUACCAAAAAAUCAACAAAGCCAAUAUCAAACUCAAUUUUCUGCAUCUGAUAAUGAUAGUGAAGCUAGUGAACAAGAAGCAGCAGCUACUGAAGAGAUAGGAAAUUAUGCACCUUUGGUAUCUAGUCCAGAAAGUCCAACUCAUGGACAGUCUAACAAAGAAAAAGAAGAGGAAGUUAUUCCAGAACAAGUAAUAAUAAUAACUGCACCAGAUGAUGAACCCAUGGACAAUGAUGAUGAUAAUAUUCCAGAGAGUCCUGUUGAAGAAAAUGAAGAUUUUUCAAAAAGUACUUAUCGAAGUGCAGAAGAAAUAGAUUUCGAUGUAGGAAUAAAUGGAAAUAUAGAUAGCCCAGUGAAAGAACCUGAAUCACCUACUGAAAAGCCCAAAAUUACAGAAAAAGGCAUAAUUCCUGAUGAAGAUGGUAGCCAUAAAGAUGUUGCUGACAAACCAAAAGAAGAUAAAAAUAAAGAUAAGGAGUCAAAAACAUCCAUGACAAAAAGUAAUAAAGUGGAAGUAGAAAAUUCUGAUAUAUGUAGCAUAAAGGAAGACAAAACUGAAGAUAGUCAAGCAGUUUGUUCUUCUGAUAUUAAAGAAACUUCUGACAAAUCAAUAAAAUCAGAAGAAAUAACUCAGGUAGAUUCAGAGGAUUAAACUAUAUAAUUAAAAUAUGUAUAUUUUAUAGGUGGGUAACCAUUUUUCCUCAUUUAAUUAUGAAUGAAUUAAAUAAUUUAUACAAAUAC